AUGCGUACCUACGACGACACCUUCUCCGGCACGAAGAUCUACCCUGGAAAGGGUAAGAUCUACGUCCGCGGCGACAGCAAGAUCUUCCGUUUCCAGAAGGGCAAGUCCGAGUCCCUGUUCCUCCAGCGCAAGAACCCCCGCCGCAUCGCAUGGACCGUCCUCUUCCGCAGACAACACAAGAAGGGUAUCUCCGAGGAAGUCGCCAAGAAGCGCUCGCGCCGUACCGUCAAGAGCCAGCGUGCCAUUGUCGGCGCCUCGCUCGAUGUGAUCAAGGAGCGCCGCACACAACGCCCCGAGGCGCGUGAGGCUGCCCGCAAGGCCGCCAUCGCGUCCGGCAAGGAGAAGAAGUCCGCUGCCGAGUCGGCAAAGAAGGCCAACAAGGCCAAGACCGCUGCGAACGCUGCCAAGGGAGGAUCGAGGAUCACGAGCAAGCAGGGCUCCAAGGGAGCUCAGGCCAAGGUGGCCGCCAACACCCGCUAAAUCGUUGGGACGAUGGGUUUGGGACUGCUCGGGCUGGGAACUUUUACGUGAUACGGGGCUUGCUGGAUGCGCAUAGUAGCUGUUGUUCAAUGCAAGUCUGAUACGUGUAUUCGGGACUACUUGCGGUUUUGUGUGAAUGUGGAUGUGAUACGAAUGCGAGGCGGAGUCGAUACAAGGCCGAUAUACGAUUGGAGAAACGACAAACCCGAGCUAUUUUGCCGACAGCCGAACCGGAGACUCUGCCUUGAUGUGUUUUGUGUGAAAGGGAAACAGUCGACUGUCUUUGAAAUUUGUGACUGGGCUUGUUACGCUUUUGUCUACGGAUAUAUCUACCCCUCCAUCCCAUCCCAGCCCACCCCUGAGGCCAGCUUCUCAAAUAAUCUCCAGGGUCCUAUUUCCUCCACAACAGCCAUGGCACGAAGAAACCCAAUUGGAAUUGCUUCUAUGGCCGUACGAAAACAGUAUUUAAAUAUAAUUCUUACCAUGCAUUUUAUAAUCAAGC